AUGUGCGAGUAUCUCGCGCAGACCCGCAGGCGCCUUUUAGAGCAGGGUCUACUCACGUCACCUCUGUCAAGUGAUGAACACAAUGCGCUCGCCGAAGCGAGACGAGCGCAAAAUUAUUCGCUACGCCGCCCGCCGCCGCCGGACUCUGACGAGGACGCCGCCGGGAAGGCACCCAAGCGUGUCUGUGCGCAGACGACACCGCCGCCCACGCAAAAUAUGACGCCGCGACCGCAGGCGCAGCCGGCGCCGCUCUCACAAAGAGACGAAAAUGGAAGAACUGUGUUGAACACGUAA